AUGUGCAAGGGCUACGUGGGCCAAGGCGCUAGGCCAGCAGGCCAAUAUUUCGAAUGCGACUUCGACUGGAACGAGCACGCACGCGCCGUACGGCACAUCGUAGACGCGCAGCAAGCAGAGGCGCUGGCGCUGCGGCACCGAUUGCGCGGAAGUCUAUCGCACAUAGAGGGUGCCGGUCAACCUUGGGUUCUGCAGGUGCAGCUGGGGGGGCCUUUCGACGCCAGCUCAGCAGCAAACUACAACAGCCGUGACCAUCCCAGCAUUAGUCCGGAAGCCACCACUCCAGGGGAGUCCGUAGCUCCGACGCCGCCGGACUCCCUAGCAACCCGUAGCUUCCAGGACUCAACCACACGCGGGGUUGCAGCCGGCGUGCCGCCCAGCAACCCCUGCAGCGCCCGCACCCACACAAGCCGCUUGGAUGGCAGUAGCUAUAGAGCCACCGCCGGUGAUAACGGCGACGCCGCGGCUGUGGGCGCUGCUGGCCACAGCAGCAAUCGCAGCGGCGGUGGCGUCUAUGAGGGCACCCGAUGGGAAGAAUUUUACCGCGCCCACCCCUCGGCUCGCUUCUUCAAGGAGCGCCGGUACCUGCUGCUGGAGUUCCCAGAGCUGUUGGAUUGCGAGCACGUGGCAGAAAUCGGCUGCGGCUGUGGCUCGUCCAUCUUGCCGGUGCUCAAGGCCAACCGGGCCGCGCGCACGACAUGCACGGCUUUUAUGUUCCGGGACACCGCCUCCUCUCUCCAGUAUUUCACUGCUGCGUGGCGCUACUCCGCGGUCUCCUCGCCUCUGCUGGUCCUGCGUGACGCAGCGGCCGCAGAAGGCAUCGCGCCAUCGCGCAUCUGCGUCUUCCCAGCGGAUGCCACUGACCCUGGCGCGGCGCCAGCCUUUGAAGGCAUCGACGCCGACGCGCUGCUGAUCAUGUUCACGCUGUCUGCUGUCACACCUGAGCAGCAGCACGUGAUGCUGACCCACGCUUGGCGGGCACUGCGGCCUGGCGGACGGUUGCUGAUUCGGGACCAUGGGCUGUACGACAUGGUGCAGCUGCGCAUUCCCGCCGAGCAGUGGGUCGGUCCCAACCUGUACAAACGAGGCGAUGGUAGCGUUCCCAAGUACGAGGAAGCCAGAAAAGGCUCUGCGGCGUUCAAAGGUAUCUAUGGUGCAGCACAGUCGCUCCAUGUAAAAACCUUUCCUUACGCAAGCGCACGACACAAUCCAGUGCCCCUGCAGCACAUUGGUAAUGUCUUUUCAAGUGGCCUAACGGAGCUGCAGGAGCUGUUCCUUACCCUUAAGAAAUAUGAACAAACGUUCUCACCAGAAGCAAAGCAGCUUUUUCAGAGCACAAGUAUGGCGACAGAUCAGGCUGUCAAAGAGCUUGAGUUCCGGCCUACCCCCGCUGAAAGUUCCAUCGCUGGGUAUCUUGUCACAGGCAAGUUUUGUGAGAAUGCAAGGGUUAAGCAUUACAGGCUCUCAUUUUUAAUAAAUGCUUUUAAGAAUGCAUGCGGUCUCGCAGGCAACAAGACUAUGAGACUUCGCACGGUGCUUCAAAACGUUCAGCAGGCUCUGUCCAACUUCUCCUCUGGUACUUUUCCGGUUCCGCGUAGCUCAAAGGAGGAGCUCUCCCGUGUGCACGGCCAAAUAUUGAGCCUCAAAUUUGGCCUCUCGUCGGAGCAGCAGCUGCUGGUCACGCAGCUGCGGAAGUUGUGCGCUGAGGUGGAGUCCCGGAAGCACGACUUCGAUGUGAUCGAAACAAACUUGGACAACACGAUGCGCAAUGUCCUGCAGCAAGUGCACGGCAAGUCCGUUCUUGAACCCGAGGUGCUAGAGCGUGAGCUCAAGCUCUUACAGGAAAGCAUUGUGGAAGCACGUGCAGCUGGCGUCACCCAGCUGGCGGACAUUCUAUCGCUGGCGGUGAAUUCACUUCAGCGAUUGCACGCGGGCCACGCGGAAAACAUAGAGAGCGAUGAUGAGGCGCUUGAGGGCGGUGCCGGUGACGUGGAUGGGGACGACGAUGACGAGGAUCCGUUCUUCAUGCCCAUGCCGGGCGCCAUAAAGUGGGCAGAGGCCUCAAAGUUCAAGGAGCUUGCCAAGCCGCUGGCGCCUGAGCAGCCUGCGGAGAGGCAGUUUAUGAUCGUGAUGGAGGACGAUGAUUCGUCUUCACAUACGCCAUCGUCUAUUACCGCGGUUUCUGCGGAACCCAGCGCAAAUGCGCUCGUGGGAACUACGCCGGCGAAGCAGAUGUUGGCGACAGACAGUGCGGAGUCGUCCCCAGCAGCCCCGGCUGCCGCAGGAAGUGCUGAGGCCGCAGCGAGAGUGGAGCCAGCAACAGCAGACGGGAGCGUGGAUGUACCCUUAAUGUCACUAGCGUCCACUGCAGCUCCAGCUACAGGCGACACGCCGCGUUCAUUGGUGGCGCAAGAGUCACUGGCGUCGGCAAGGACGCAGGAGCCAGCUGAUGCGGAAGAGCCGGCGGCCGUGGUUACAACACCGGCAGACGCGUCUGUGGCCGGCGACUCGCCAUUGGUUGCAUCCCCCGAUGCCGCUUUGGAUGCAGGCUCAGCGGAUACUGCAGCGACGCAAGUGACAACGCCAUCUCCCCGCAAGCAUUCUACAAAAGAGGCUCCGCCAGCCCCCCUCCUGGUGCCCGCGGAGGACAAGGCGACUGUAGCCAAGGAGGGAGCGCCGGCGGCUCCGCCCGCAGAGAGCCCUACACCGGAGAAGCUCUCAGACUUCGUCAACUUCCUCAACGGCGAGAACCCUGGGGCGUGCAUGUUCCACGCGCAGAUGCGCCUCUCGCCGGAAGGCUGCAUGAAAUUGGCUAAUUUUCUGCGCAGCAGCGCACGCGUGCGCGCGCUCUCACUGUCACAUAACUACCUCGGCGACGCGGGUCUCAGGCUCAUCUGCGAGGGUCUGCGCGAGAACAAGUCGGUUACCGCUCUGGACCUGCCGGACAAUAAUAUUACGGAUCUCGGCGCGGCAUUCUUGGCUGAUGCCAUCAAGGACAAUCCGAGCCUCACUCAGUUGCAGUUAGCCUAUAAUAAAAUUGGUGACCAGGGCGCGAAGGCUCUCGCUCAGGUCAUUCGAACCAGCCACAGCCUUAAGAAGCUGGGCCUGGCAUUUAACAACAUCGGCAAGGCAGGCUGCCAGGCGCUAACGUCCGCCAUCUCCAGUAACCAAUCGCUGAAGCACAUGCAGCUCCUUCCAGGUAACCCCGUUGAGGAGAAGGACGCCAAGGCCCUCGCCAAGGCGCUGAAGCGCAACAACAAGUUUAGCAUUAAGCAGCUGCUCGGCCUCAAGAGCGACAGCUAAGUGACGUCUAGAGAAUUUGGCGGAGUUUUCGCGUCCAUGACAAUAUGUGUUCCUGAGCCGUGUCGCAGCGAAAAAUGGGAAAUCUGCGACAUCCAGCCGAGACGACCAGCAGUGUCUAGGCGGCUGGGUUAUACGGGACGGUAUGUAGUGUGACCAAUGUGGUAGGAAAGGCAAUGGAAUGCGUUUUAAUAGGUGAAGCCGGAGGGUAGCGUCUGACUGGUUGCCAUGUGUACAGCACGGGGAGUCCGUGCCACAGCAUCAUUUCUUGUCCAUGACUGUAAGGGGGAGGCUGGCCGCUGCUGCCGCCAAGUCAACACGUGCUGCAAGGCGCGGAAGUGUGAUGCUGUCGAAUUGCCGAGCAUAGUGGAUAUUGCGUUGUGACAGUUUACCGUUUACCCCGUGUUCCCACUGAUAAGGGGCUUUUGGGACCUGCAGUGCUUUGGCAAACCUGUCUAAUUUCUGUUCGGUGUGCAGCUGCUGACCCUCGCGGGCUGGUGAGAUCUAAAGCGCGGAGGACAGCCAAUAUGGAGAGGCCGAAUCCUGGUUCCUUCGCACGCAUGUGCGUGACGGAACUUUUCAGUCACUGGCGCGGAAUCGUAUAUUGUUAGGUGCUGAGUCAGUUGAAGUGCAGGGAAGUCAACGUGCUCAUGCGCGUGAACCGCAUUAAAGCUGACUGGUAGGAUUUGGUUCGAUAUUUUUAAUACAAUGGAUGUGAUGAUGUCCCAUCGGGCAUGGAAAUUUUCCAUCUUGGCGCAGCAAU